AUGGCGGUGUCCAUCGUUCCCCAGGAGCAAGUGCCUCUCUACGAAGGCAAGGAAGACGCCAACGGUCUCCGCACGGGCUCUGGCAAACUCGUCUUCUCCAAUGGCGACACAUAUGUCGGACAGUUUGCGCAGGGCUACCGGCACGGCGCCGGUAUCUUCACGUACGAUCGUGGCCAGCGCGUUUACGACGGCGAGUGGAAGCUCAGCUUGCGGCACGGCAAGGGCAAGGAGACGUGGCGCGUUAACGACACCACGCUCUACAGCUACGAAGGCGACUACGAGCGAGGCGUGCCGCACGGCUACGGCCUCGAGCGCAAGAAGCUCGCCAAGUACGCGGGCGAGUUUCAGCAUGGGAGGAAGGAGGGCCAUGGCCGCAUGGUGUGGCCCAACGGCGACACCUAUGACGGGCAGUGGCGCGAUGGCCGCAUGGGCGGCCUCGGCAAGUUGGUGCGUGCUAUCGACGGCAGCACGUACGACGGGCACUGGGUGCACGGUCUGCGGCACGGUCGCGGCAAAGCCAUCGGGCCCGACGAGGUCUACGACGGACUGUGGAAGGAAGGGCGUCGGCAUGGCGAUGGCACGGUCGUCGUUAACGCGCACGAGCGCAGCGGUGUCUGGGACAAGGGCGUCCGCCUCAAGUGGACGACCCCCGAAAAGUUGAUCCAAUCCAUUUGA